AUGGUUCAUUUAGGUCCAAAGAAACCACAAGCUAGAAAGGGUUCCAUGGCUGACGUGCCCAGGGAAUUGAUGGAUGAAAUCCAUCAAUUGGAGGACAUGUUUACAGCUGACAGUGAAACCUUGAGGAAAGUUGUCAAGCACUUUAUCGACGAAUUGAAUAAAGGUUUGACUAAGAAGGGAGGUAACAUUCCAAUGAUUCCAGGUUGGGUCAUGGAAUUCCCAACAGGUAAAGAGUCUGGUAACUACCUGGCCAUUGAUUUGGGUGGUACUAACUUAAGAGUCGUGUUGGUCAAAUUGAGCGGUAAGCAUACCUUCGACACCACUCAAUCCAAGUAUAAGCUACCACAUGACAUGAGAACCACGAAGCACCAAGAAGAGUUAUGGUCCUUUAUUGCUGACUCUUUGAAGGACUUUAUGGUUGAGCAAGAAUUGCUAAACACCAAGGACACCUUGCCAUUAGGUUUCACCUUCUCGUACCCAGCUUCUCAAAACAAGAUUAACGAAGGUAUUUUGCAAAGAUGGACCAAGGGUUUCGAUAUUCCAAACGUCGAAGGUCACGAUGUCGUCCCAUUACUACAAAACGAAAUAUCCAAGAGAGAAUUGCCUAUCGAAAUUGUAGCAUUAAUUAACGAUACUGUCGGUACUUUGGUUGCCUCCUACUACACUGACCCAGAGACUAAGAUGGGUGUGAUUUUUGGUACUGGUGUUAAUGGUGCCUUCUAUGAUGUUGUCUCUGAUAUCGAAAAGUUGGAAGGUAAACUAGCAGACGACAUUCCAAAUGACUCGCCAAUGGCCAUUAACUGUGAAUACGGUUCCUUCGAUAAUGAACACUUGGUCUUGCCUAGAACUAAGUACGAUGUUAUUGUCGACGAACAAUCUCCAAGGCCGGGCCAACAAGCCUUUGAAAAAAUGACCUCCGGUUACUACUUGGGUGAAUUGCUGCGUCUAGUGUUGGUCGAAUUAAACGAAAAGGGCUUAAUGUUGAAGGGUCAAGAUCUAACCAAAUUGAAGCAACCAUACAUCAUGGAUACCUCUUACCCAGCAAGAAUCGAAGACGAUCCAUUUGAAAACUUGGAAGAUACUGAUGACAUCUUCCAAAAGGACUUUGGUGUCAAGACCACUCUACCAGAACGUAAGUUGAUCAGAAGACUUUGUGAAUUGAUCGGUACCAGAGCUGCCAGAUUGGCUGUUUGUGGUAUUGCCGCUAUUUGUCAAAAGAGAGGUUACAAGACUGGUCACAUUGCCGCUGACGGUUCUGUCUACAACAAAUACCCAGGUUUCAAAGAGGCUGCCGCUAAGGGUUUAAGAGAUAUCUAUGGAUGGACUGGUGAUGCAAGCAACGAUCCAAUCAUAAUUGUUCCAGCUGAGGAUGGUUCCGGUGCAGGUGCUGCUGUUAUUGCUGCAUUGUCCGAAAAGAGAAUUGCCGAAGGUAAGUCUCUUGGUAUCAUUGGCGCUUAA